AUGACAGCCAGCACUCUUUCGGCCCGUUUCUCCAGAACACGAGGAAUCCCAGUCCAGGGUGAGUUCGUGGCUCCAGACGCUGGCAUCUGCCUCCGAGAGAAGCCCACAGUCCACACGGUGCUGGCCGAAAGCUCUGGGGGCCUGGGCUGGCACUCACUAGGGGGCAGCAAAGAGCAAGACUACCAGCUCACCUGGAGGCACAAAGGACCAUCAGCCCUGUUGGAAGGGCAGGUCAUCAUGGAAGCCUGGGUGAAGGGCGUGAACCCCAAAGGCAACUCCACCAACCCCAGCAACUGGGACUUUGGCAGCAGUUUCUUCUUUGCAGGCACGGUCGUCACUACCAUAGGCUAUGGGAACCUGGCCCCCAGCACCGAGGCAGGCCAGGUCUUCUGUGUCUUCUAUGCCCUGGUGGGCAUCCCCCUCAACGUGAUCUUCCUCAACCACCUGGGCACAGGGCUGCGUGGCCACCUGACCACACUUGAGAGGUGGGAGGACCAGCCCCGACGCUCCCAGGUACUGCAGGUGCUGGGCCUGGCUCUGUUCCUGACGCUGGGGACGCUGGUCAUUCUCGUCUUCCCGCCCAUGGUCUUCAGCCACGUGGAGGGCUGGAGCUUCAGUGAGGGUUUCUACUUUGCCUUCAUCACUCUCAGCACCAUCGGCUUCGGGGACUAUGUUGUCGGCACGGACCCCAGCAAGCAUUACAUCUCGGUGUACCGGAGCCUGGCGGCCAUCUGGAUCCUCCUGGGCCUGGCGUGGCUGGCGCUGGUCCUCCCACUGGGUCCCCUGCUUCUGCACAGGUGCUCUCAGCUCUGGCUGCUCAGCAGGGGCCUCCGCCUCAAGGAAGGGGGAGUUCCUGAGGCCAAUGGGCUCCCCAGACCUCAGAAGAUCCCCACCUCUGCAUGA